GUGGCUGUGACAUCAAGAUCAAGCGCCCUCCCUGACUACCACAACAAAACCACGUGCCGCCCUGACAGACCUCGGGAUUAGCCACACCCUCACUAACUUACCGAUGGAGAGCAUACGUCAGGAGGCGCGUCGUUUCACUCACCCUCCUACACACUAAAAACACUGAAGCAGAAGAGGAGGAAGAAGCUGCAGCAGUCGUAGGCUCGUCGGGAUGUCUGAGGCGUGGCAGCAGCGUUGGGGCGAGCUGGUGUCAGAGCUGCUUAGGGUUCGGGCACCACCAGCCAUAGGGAGUGAGGAGGAAGCCGCCCUUGCCACCACCCUGACAGGACUGAGCCAGUGUUGUGCCCGGCCCAGGCUGCUGCAGGACCAUAGGCAAAUUCAGAGCGUGGUCGAGAAAUGUGUUACCCACAACAUCGUCACACCUCAAAGUGGCCUGGUGCGACAGACAGCCCUCCUCUUGGUCUCCUUACUGCGCUGUCCCCUCGCUACCCACCUACCGAGUGCUACCUUAGUCCGGGUGGUCAUCUGGCUCGGAAAGGCCCUGAGGGAGCAAGGAGGGGAAGGGAGCCAGCCUGAUAAUGUUCACCAGCUGCUGCGUGCCCUGGCUGCCGCCCUGAGGAAUACAUCAGAUCUUGGCGAAGAGGUGUACUUGAAUCUGGCUGGGAGUCACGGGUGCCUACCUCACAUCCUAGAAUCCAACCCUGCAUGGCACAACAAAGCACUGGCCAUGCAGUGUCUCCACCUACUGACCUAUGUUGGGCCGGAGGUGGUCACGGAGGCACGGCAGCGAGGCGAGGAGAUCUUCCCUGCGGAGGCGGUGUCUAGCAUACAGAGGAUAGUGAUCAUGGUGGUCCAGCGAGACCCUCCCAGCGGUGCCCAGUGCUCGCAUCGACUCUACCUGCACCUAGUGGCUUCCUCCCUUAGUGUGCUCUAUAACCUGGUGGUGUGUGCUCCCGGGCAGGUCCUUGGGAACAUCAUCAUCACAGCCUGUCGCCCCUUUGCCUUCUAUGGCCUGCCCGGGUACUCGCAUGGUGACCUUGUGGACCCGUGCCCAACGCCACCACUGGAACUGUCCCUCUCCUCAACCCAAGACAGUGACUCAUCUAGCAGGAACUACACCAAUCGCAACCGCCGUAAGAGACUGAGGAGGAAGCGUGCCCAGCCCUCUUGCACCACGGCAGACUGCAGCAGGGGUGUGGCAGCCGUGGCAUCUCUGGGGGGUGGCUCAGCCGGAGGUAUGGGGUUAGGUUUACGUGGUGCACCCCCUGCAACCGCCCUCGCCAACAUCUCCCUCAAGCCAGAGUGGACGAAGGGCCGAGGGAAGACCGAGACCGAGAGCCAGAAGAGGGUGUCCCCACUACCAUCAGGUUCUGAAGGGGAGGAGGCUCAGGGCAGCACCAGCAGCCCAGCAGAGCCUCAGGUCAGCGGCUCUGAGACUGACUUCUCUGACUUCGAGGGCGGAGGGGAGAAGGAGUCUGGUCUGAUGGCUAGGGUGCGACAGUGCUCCCUGCAAGCCAUCAACGCUGUCAUUGAUAAAGUUGGCAAGCAGCACAAGUUCAGCUACUGGCCGCCCCUCAUGUGCCAGAACCCCUCGCUCAUGACCUGUGUGCUGAGGGACCCGUCGCUGUCCGUGCGCAUGGCGGCUCUCCAGGUCAUCAACACCUUCCUGCUAGACUCCUCCAAGGUGCUCACCCUGGCCGUGGAAAGUGAGGGCAAGACUUCCUACACCACCCUUGGGCACCAGUUGGGGGUGAGCCUGAGGGAACUCCACCGCUGCCUGGCUCUCGCCCUGCUCUCGGAAAAGUACCCGAGUGCCCUGGUGCGCACCCUCAAGACUAUCGAGCUUCUGGUGGAGAACGUGAACUACUCCAAGCUCCAGCCGGGCCUUCUGAGCAAGCUGGUGACCCACGUUAAGUACUUCAUGCGCUACAAAGAGGCUGUGGUGCGGGCCAACGCCUUCUCCGUGAUGGUCAGCGUGCUCAUGAUCAAGCCACAGGUGGAGGAGCUGAGAGACCUUCUGCUCCGCUACCAGACCCCCACCCUUGCAGCCCCCCCAGCCGUGCAGCCCCCACCCUCCAUGGACGAGGAGGUGCCAGGGGAGGAAGAGGAAGAGGAGGAGGUGGAGGAAGGGGAUGCAAACUUGAAGAGUGAAAUGGAGAAGAUGAAUCUGCUGAGUGAGGGGGAGGAGGAGGGCAAACCGGGUGAAGGGAGGAGCAUGGUGUCGUGGCUGGUGGGACGCUGUGUGGACUCCCUCCUUGCCUUUGACCAUGAGGCUGUGCGGGGCAUUUACAUCCAGGUCCAGUUGCAGUCCCUGAAGGUGCUGAGUGCCUUAGUGAGUGAGCACCUGAGCCUCAUCCUGCCCAGCCUGCCUCUGAUCCAGCGCGUCAUCACUGUGUGUAGUGAGGCUGCCUGGGAGCCAUCGCCACCACCACCUCUGCCACCCAUGCACCCCAGUCACACCUCUGCCAAGCCUAGCGCCCACCAGCAGAGGAGGCUAGGGGAGAUGGGGGAUGGCGGGGACACAAACUUCAGCUCCCCAGAUCCAGGGGCCGUGGUGGAACACACGUACACCCUGCUGGGCUGCCUGCUGGGGGCUGUGAAGAAUGACUUGGAGAAGAAAACAGAGUCCAGCCUCACCCUCACCCAGGCGCAGCAGCUCUGGCUCUGGGCACUACAGGGUCCCCUGCAAGUCCUCCUCACUCAGGCUGCCUCGGGACACACCACAGAUGCUACAGUGAAGACCUCGGCUGGCAAAGGUCUUGCGAGUGAGAGGCGUGAGCAGGCCAACAACUGGAGGGAGAGGGGGGAGGCGGCGAGUGGGUCAGACAGCUCCGAAGGCUUCCUCAAACAGAUGGUGGCAGUUGCGACGGUGCUCUCUCACUUCAACCCGGAGGUAUUUGACAGCCUGGGUGAGGUGUGGGCAGGCCGUGUCACCUCCACCAUCCACUGGCUUGUUGUUCACCCCGAGACAGAGCUGCGACUGGCUGGGGUGCGGGCCAUGGCCAUCCUGGUGGGCUUCCCCGGGGUGGUGGCCAGUCCGGGAGGCUUGGCUCUGCUGAGGGCCACCGUGGAGGCUACCUGUGACCUCCUGACCCAGAGAGAUGCUAAUGUCAACAGGGAUCGGCUAUUAGCUUCGUGGGCGCUAUCCAACGUGUCCUCCGUCUUUGAACAGUACAGAGACACCUGGGUGGGCAACGAGCAUAACACAAGGAGCGAGGUGUUGUCUGAGGCAAUGCUGGAGCGGCUGCUGGAGGUGGGGCUGCGGGCGUGUCAGGACAAGGACAAGAUUAGGCCGCAUGGUGUUCGCUGCAUCGGCAACGUGGCCAGCUUCCUGCGGCCCCGACAGGUGGAGCUCCCGACACUUGCUCCGCUGGUGGCGCGAACCGUGAGCACCCUCGUGACCUGUGCCAGCACCGGGAACAACAUGAAGACGCGGUGGAAUGCUUGCCAUGCGCUUGGGAACAUUAUGGCGAGUGGGAACUUCUCGGUUGCCAUCGCCCCUAUGAAGGGCCAGGUUUUCAGCACUCUUGGGUCCCUGGUGGAGAGCUUCAAGAACUACAAAGUGAGGAUCCAGGCUUGCAGUGCGCUCUGUAGUGUUGGUGCAAGGGAGGCGUAUGGGACCGAGUACUUGAGUGUGUGGCGGGCGCUGCUGCGUGGCCUGGACAAUGCACAGAACAUAGUGGACUUCCAGGAGAUAAGGCACAGGGACGAGCUCAUCAACCAGAUCUCGCAGGGCAUUUGGCAGCUGUGUUCCCUCCUCACCCUCACUGACGCUGGGGUCCUCAGCGAGCUCCUGCAUAUGCACCAGGACGUGGCCAGCCCCCUCAUGCAGAAGGCCUACCUCUCCCUGCCCCCAGAACGCUCAGGCCAUGCUCUCCAGGCUCAGCACUGCGUGGAGGAGCUACUGGGGUGUGACGCCCUGACCGAGUCCCAGCAACAGGCUCUUCUGAUUCUGGAGAGCCUCACAUCCCCUUCUAACACCACUUGAUGGGUCUUAAUGGUUAGGGUAAAUGGGGAUGACUGUAACAACUUUAGAUUUACCAGCAUUUCAGGGCUCACACACCCAUGUUUCAUAA